AUGUCACAACCAGUUGAGGUUUACCCGAAUACUGUCACUAGACAGCCUUCAUCCCACUCGAAUGGAUCGUUUGGGGCAGUUUUCAUAGUCCUGGCAGUGAUAGUUGUUGCUCUGCAGCCGACGCCACGCCACAGCCACGGCCACAGCCACAGCCACGGCAACGGCCACGGCCACCAUCUGAAGGGUAAGCAAAACCAUGGGUCUCGCCCGAAAGAGGGGGAUGUCAGGCCAAAUCACAACUUCCAAUCAAGAGAUCAAGGGGAUAUCGAAUUUGGGUUCGAUCAGAAGAGAAAUCCAACUGCAAAAAUGGCUACUAAUGGAAAAGGAAAAGGGUCUAUGCAAUCUGGAAAUGGUGAGAUCAGAGGAGAAAUGAUGAUAAUGAAUUCAGAGCUGGUGCAUGACACUACUGAAUGA